GUAAUAUAUUUUUAUGAAGUUGAAGUGUUCAUAGUUUACGGGAACGAAAAAAAUGUUAGCUCCGCUGCAUUUGAAAUAUAUUCUCCUCUUCAUUUUGUCAAUUCGUUGCGUUUUCGGUGAGGAGAAAUGGUAUGAUGCAGAGGAUGGCAGCCGGUAUUUAGUUGUGGAUGAAGAUAAUUAUAACUGGUAUGAAGCCUUGACAGCAUGCGCCACAAGGGGAUUGAGUUUGGUUAGUAUCCAAAGUGAAGAGAAACAAAAUGCAUUGGUGGAUGUAUUAAAGAAAACAGGAAAAAUGUUCUACUGGAUUGGCGCUGUGGGAACCUAUAUCCCAAAUGGUGGCUUGGUGUUCAGAUGGAUUAAUGAUGGUGAGGAAUUCGAUUAUACCAACUGGAGACCGAGUGAACCAAAUGGCCGGGGAAAUGAAAAUUGCGUCCAUUUGGACCGUCACAAUUAUCGUUGGAAUGACAACAACUGCAGAACAAACAAAAUGGCCUUGGUAUGCGAAGAGAUUUCCAGAGUGACACAAAUGAAAAAAUACAUUUCUUCGUUGGAGAGGUUUCUUGACGAAGUAAUUGUAUUUUAAUAAAAAUAAAUAUAA